UGUAGCCACACUCUCACUACCACCACCAGCCUAUAUAACUAGGGUUUUACAUGCGGAAUUAUCACAUCCUUUGACUCAUUUCAAUUCUCAAUUUUUCAGUCUCAAAAUCAUCUUCAAUGGCUCCAAUCACUGUAGGAGAUGCGAUUCCCGAUGGCACCUUAGCCUAUCUCGAUCAAGAAAACAAACCCCAAUCCGUUUCAAUUCAUUCCCUCUCCGCCGGCAAAAAAGUCAUCAUCUUUGGUGUUCCCGGUGCCUUCACACCCACUUGCAGUUUGAAGCAUGUGCCUGGAUUCAUUGAGAGAGCAGAAGAAUUGAAAGGAAAGGGUGUUGAUGAAAUCAUCUGCAUCAGUGUGAAUGAUCCAUUUGUGUUGAAUUCAUGGGCCAAAACAUUCCCAGAGAACAAGCAUGUGAAGUUCCUUGCUGACGGCUCAGCCAAAUACACUCAUGCACUUGGGUUGGAGCUUGACCUCAGUGAGAAAGGCCUCGGCAUCCGCUCGAGGAGGUUUGCUCUUUUGGUGGAUGACUUGAAGGUGAAGGUUGCGAAUGUUGAAGGUGGAGGAGAAUUCACCAUUUCAAGUGCUGAAGAGAUCAUCAAGGCUCUUUGAAGUCCUUAAUGAAUGUUUUUAGUAUUUUGGAUUCCAGAACAUAAUAAUGGAUGCAUUUUGUGUGUAAUGUUGUGUACUCUAGAAAAGGACAUGAUAUGUUUGCAUAUGAUGGAGAAAUAAAAUUGCUUGUUUCAAGUA